AUGGGCCAUGGCCUGGGUGGCCGGAAUCACACCUUCCCACCUCAGAUUCGAGAAGAGGACAAGAGCCCCCCUCCGUCCUCACCACCUCCCUUGUUCUCUGUCAUCCCUGGGGGCUUCAUCAAGCAGCUGGUUCGAGAGACAGAGAAAGAGUCCAAAGAGGCCAGGCGGAGGAAAGAGGCAGCACUCGCCUCCCCGGAAGGAGAGACCCCAGAAGUUCCCAUUAACCAAGCCAACAAGACCAACAAUGUCCCCAAGCCUGGAGGCCGGAAGACUUGCCAGGACAGCCCAUCAGCCACUCAGAAGGAUGCAGACAUUCUUGCCGAUGACAAGAACUCCACAUCUGUGACCAGCACCGGAGGGGAGAAGCCGCAGGAGUCGGGUCCCACAGGGACACCAGCCAAAAGGACACUGCCCUUCAAGAGGGGCGUGAGGAGGGGUGAUGUGUUGCUGAUGGUAGCCAAGCUAGAUCCACAGUUGGCCACGCCAGAGCAGAAGACCCAACCUCGUGACACCCCCAAGGACAAGACCCCAACCCCGGCCACAGACCCUGGAGGGACAAAGAAAGGGGCAAACACGGGGACUCCUUGUGGCCCCCAGACACCCAUAACUGAGAAGACCAGGACUGGGGGUGAUGGAGACACAAGCCAGGGCACAAAGGGUGGGACGUGUCAGGGUACAGAGGGAAAGGGGAGCGGGGACUCCCAGACCAAAGCGCAAAAAGAAUGUGAGUCCCAGGGCACAGAGGGGCAGGAGACCAAGUCCCCAGCUCAGGGGGCAGGAAACAAGGGACAAGUGGGUACAGCAGAGAAAGGAGGAGGGGGUCCCCCAAAGAAGAUGGGAAAGGGGAAUGGUCCCAAGAGUGCGGGAGCUGAAGUGAGACCUUUGGAGCCCCCGGUCCCCAUAAGGAAGUGGGGAGUUUCCCUGGGCCGAAGGAGCAAGUGGGACAGUCCUCAGAGUAAGAACAGAGAAAGUGAAUCUCAGUGUAGGGAUGAGAAGAGGGGUGACCUUCAAGGCACGGCAGCAGAGCCCAGGGGGCAGCAGCAGGAGACCCCAGGGAUGAUGGAAAAGGCAGAGGAACCCCAGAAGAAGCUGGUGACACCAGGGAAAUGCCAGGAGCAGCCUGGGGUGGCAGCUGCCGCUGAGACUCAGAGUCCCCAGGAACGCUGCAAGGCCCCGGGUGGGACACCCACAGAAGCGACAUUGGCAGCGCAGGUGGCGGAGGCUGCAAAGAGGGAGGACCAGCCAGAAAGCAGGGUGCAGGGUGCCGGGGAGCCCUGUGUGCACGCAGAGGAAGAAGUGGGCAUUGAGGAGCCUCGGGCAGAACAUCACGUGGAGUCCCUUCCCAAGACCCAGGAGGACAGGCCUUCUCUGCAGAAACCUACGGAGGAGCAGCCGGUCCGGCAGGACCCGGGCAGCGGGGACCAGAGCAGAGACUCUGACCAGGCAUCUGAGGAGGACAGGUGGUACGAGGCGCAGAAAGUCUGGCUGGUGCAGAAGGAUGGGUUCACACUUGCAACAGUGCUCAAACCAGACGAGGGGACAGCUGAUCUGCCGGCUGGAAGGGUGCGGCUCUGCAUGGACGCAGACAAGACCGUCACUGAGGUGGACGAGGAGCAGGUUCACCGAGCCAACCCCCCUGAGCUGGACCAGGCUGAGGACCUGGCUUCCCUGGUCUGCGUCAACGAGUCAAGCAUCCUGAACACACUUCUGCAGCGCUACGGGGCUCAGCUGCCACAUACCCGCUCAGGACCUGAUCUGAUCGCCCUGCAGCCCCAGAAGACCAGGGUGCCUUCUUCAGGAAAGGUACCCCGAGGGCGCCAGGAUGGUCUGCCCGCCCACGUCACAUCCCUGGCCCAGCGUGCCUACUGGGCACUGCUGAGUCAGAGAAGAGACCAGAGCAUCCUGGCACUGGGCCGGAGUGGGGCUGGGAAGACCACCUGCUGCGAGCAGGUGCUGGAGCACCUGGUGGGCAUGACAGGCAGCGUGGACAGCAGGGUGUCAGUGGAGAAGCUCCAGGCUGCCUUCACUGCCCUCCGGGCCUUCGGCUCUGUGUCCACUGGCCACAGCCGUAGGGCCACCCGCUUUGCCAUGGUGACAUCCUUGGACUUCAACGCCACGGGCCGGGUCACAGCUGCUCAGUUCCAGACAGUGCUUCUGGAGAACAGCCGUGUGGCCCGGCAGCCGCAAGGGGAAGGCAACUUUGAAGUUUUCUCUCAGCUGCUGGCUGGGCUGGAUGUAGAACUCAGGACAGAGCUGAACCUGCACCAGACGUUGGAGAGCAAUGCCUUCGGCAUGGGCGUGUGGUCCCGGCCUGAAGACAAGCAGAAGGCGGCGACUGCAUUUUCCCAGCUCCGGGGUGCCAUGGAGCUGCUGGGCAUCUCUGAGGGUGAGCAGCGAGCCAUUUGGCGGGUGCUGGCAGCCAUCUACCACCUGGGUGCAGCAGGGGCUUGCAAAGUGGGCCGGAAGCAGUUCAUGCGGUUUGAGUGGGCCAACCAUGCUGCUGAGGCCCUGGGCUGUGACUACGAGGAACUGAAUACGGCCACCUUCAAGCACCACUUACGGCAGAUUAUCGAGCAAAUGACAUCAGGGCCGCAACGCCAGGGUCUGGAGGACAAUGAUGCCAGCUCAGGGCUCAAGAUGACCGGUGUGGAGUGUGUGGAGGGGAUGGCCUCUGGCCUGUACCAAGAACUCUUCGGGGCUGUGGUCUCUCUCAUCAACAGAUCUUUCUCCUCUCACCAUCUGUCUAUGGCCUCCAUCAUGGUGGUUGACUCCCCGGGAUUCCAGAAUCCUAGGCACCAGGGGAAGGACCGGGCAGCCACCUUUGAGGAGCUGUGUUACAAUUAUGCCCAGGAGCGCUUACAGCUGCUGUUCUACCACAGGACCUUUGUCUCUACCCUGGAGAGAUACCAAGAGGAAGGCAUUCCUGUGCACUUUGACCUCCCAGAGUCAUCCCCAGGAACUACGGUGGCUGUUGUGGAUCAAAACCCCUCCCAGGCCCAUUUGCCAGCGGGAAAAGCUACUGAAGACGCUGGGGGUCUUUUCUGCAUCUUGGAUGAAGAGGUCCGGGUGGAAGGCUCCAGUGACAGCGUGGUACUUGAGCGUCUUCACGCAGCCUUUGAGAAGAAGACAGCUGGGGCUGAUGGGCCCCCCGUGCUGCGCAUCUGUGAGCAGCCCCUUCAGUGUGAGCUAUUCCACCAGCUGGGACAGGACCCUGUGCGCUAUGACCUCACAGGCUGGCUUCGCAGAGCCAAGCCCAAUCUCUCAGCCCUGGAGGCCCCACAGGUCCUGCAGCAGUCAAAAAGGAAGGAGCUGCAGGACCUCUUCCAGGCCCGGGCCAAGCUGCCUCCCCUGUGCCGUGCGGUGGCAGGCCUUGAGGGCACCUCUCAGCAGGCUCUGCACCGGGGUCGUGUGGUGCGUAGGGCUUUUGCCAGCAGUGUCGCUGCGUUGAAGAGGAAGGCUCCCUGUGCCCAGAUCAAGCUGCAGAUGGAUGCUCUCAUCAGCUUGCUGAGUCGGUCUCGGCUGCACUUCAUCCACUGUCUUGUGCCAGCCUCAGUGGAAAGCAAGCCUGGGCAGGGGACUCCAUCACCUCCACAGCCUGGUGGAGACCAAGGUGUAGCCAAUGAGCCCCCAGCUCUGGACAUUCCAUCACUGAGGGUUCAACUUGCAGGCUCUCAUCUCCUAGAGGCAUUGCGACUGCACAGGGCAGGUUACGCUGACCACAUGGGGCUCACUCAAUUCCGCCGUCGGUUCCAGGUGCUGGACCCUCUGCUACUGAAGAAGCUUGACUCGACCUCUGAGGGACUAGAAGAGAGGAAGGUGGUGGAGGAACUCUUGCAGACGCUGGAUCUGGAGAAGAAAGCGGUGGCCGUGGGUCACAGCCAAGUUUUCCUCAAGGCAGGUGUGGUUUCCAGGCUGGAGAGGCAACGAGAGAAGCUGGUGUCCCGGAACAUUGUUCUCUUCCAAGCGGCUUGCAGGGGCUUUCUGUCUCGCCAGGAAUGUAAGAAGCUGAAGAUCAGGAGGCUGGCCACACAGUGCAUCCAGAAAAAUCUGGCUGUGUUCCUGGAGGUCAAGGACUGGCCAUGGUGGGGGCUUCUGGCAUCUCUCCGGCCCCUACUGAGUCCCACCCUUAGCGUGGAGCAGCUUCAAGCUAAGGAGGAGGAGCUAACACUGCUGAGGCAGAAGCUGCAGAAGUCAGAGAAGUCGAGAAGUGAGCUCAGACAGAGCACAGACCUGCUGGAGAGCAAGAUCACAGACUUGACCUCGGAGCUUGCUGAUGAACGCCUCAAAGGUGACGUGGCCUGCCAGGCACUGGAGAGUGAGCGGGCAGAGCGUCUUCAGGCACUCCGGGAGGUUCAGGAGCUCAAGGCUAAGUACCAGCAGGUGCAGGAGGCAUUGGGGGCCGUACAGAAACAGUUGGAAGAGGCACAGCAGAAGAUCCAGCUGGCCAGCUUUGAAGAGAAGCACGCAGGAGGAGCCGACGAGUGGCAGAUGCGCUUGGACUGUGCUCAGAUGGAGAAUGACUUCCUGCGCAAGCGUCUCCAGCAGUGUGAGGAGAGGUUGGACUCAGAGAUGAAGGCCCGCACAGAGGUGGAGCAGAAGCUCGGGGAGCUGCAGAACGCUUACGAAGAGGCCAAGAAGACGGCUCACCAGCUGAAGAGGAAGUGCCACCACCUCACCUGGGACCUGGAGGACACCCACGUGCUGCUGGAGAACCAGCAGAGCAGGAACCAUGAGCUGGAGAAGAGGCAGAAGAAGUUUGACUUGCAGCUGGCCCAGGCACUGGGGGAGUCGAUGUUUGAGAAGACCCUCAGGGAGAAAGUGAGCCAGGAAAACAACGGAGUGCGCUGGGAGCUGGGCCAGCUACAGCAGCAGCUGGAGCAAAAGGAGCAGGAAGCCUCAAAGCUGAAGCAGGAGGUGGAAAGGCUACAGGGCCAGAAGCGGGAGCUGCUGGGCUGUGCCUCUGUCGGGGAGCAAGGUGUAGCCAGCCUAAAAGAGAGAGUCUGGGAGCUGGAGUCCAACGCCCUUGAACAACAGAAGGUCCACAGCCAACAGGAAAACACCAUUAAGCAGCUGGAGCAGCUUCGCCAGCGGUUUGAGUUGGAGAUCGAGAGGAUGAAGCAGAUGCAUCAGAAGGACCGAGAGGACCAGGAGGAAGAGCUGGAGGACGUGCGUCAGUCCUGCCAGAAGCGGCUCCGUCAGCUGGAGAUGCAGUUGGAGCAGGAAUACGAGGAAAAGCAGGUGGUUCUCCAUGAGAAGCGUGAUUUGGAAGGGUUGAUUGGAACCCUGUGUGACCAGAUUGGCCAUCGUGACUUUGAUGUAGAAAAGCGUCUUCGCCGAGACCUCAGGAGGACACACGCUCUGUUGUCUGAUGUUCAACUCCUUCUGGCCACCAUGGAGGACAGCAAGACAUCAGUCAGCAAGGAAGAGCUGGAGAAGGUGCACAGCCAGCUGGAGCAGAGUGAGGCCAAAUGUGAGGAUGCCUUGAAGACCCAGAAGGUGCUGACUACGGACUUGGAGAACAUGCACAGUGAGCUGGAGAAUGUGACCCGGAGCAAGAGCCUGGUGGAUGAGCAGCUGUACAGGCUGCAGUUUGAGAGGGCAGACCUCCUGAAACGCAUCGAUGAGGACCAGGACGACCUGAAUGGCCUCAUGCAGAAACACAAAGACCUCAUCGCACAGUCUGCUGCUGACAUUGGGCAAAUUCAGGAGCUGCAGCUGCAGCUGGAAGAAGCCAAGAAGGAGAAGCAGAAGCUGCGGGAGCAGCUGCAGGUGACUCAGCUUCGCAUCCAGUACCUGGAGCAAUCUACCGUGGACCGUGCCAUUGUCAGCAGGCAGGAGGCAGUCAUCUGUGACUUGGAGAACAAGACAGAGUUCCAGAAGGUGCAGAUGAAGAGAUUUGAGGUCCUGGUAAUCCGGCUUCGGAACAGCCUGAUCAAGAUGGGCGAGGAGCUGUCCCAGGCAGCCAAGUCGGAGGCCCAGCAGCGGGAAAACAGCCAGUAUUAUCAGCGGCGCCUGGAGGAGCUAAAGGCAGAGAUGCAGGAGUUGGUGCAACGGGAGGAGGAGGCCAGCCGGCGCUGCAUGGAGCUGGAGAAAUAUGUGGAGGAGCUUGCAGCUGUGAGGCAAACACUGCAGGCUGACCUGGAGACUUCCAUCCGGCGCAUCGCAGACCUGCAGGCAGCCUUGGAAGAGGUGGCAUCUAGUGACAGUGACACAGAAAGUGUCCAGACAGCCGUGGACUGUGGCAGCCGCAGCAGAAAAGAAGAGGACAAUGUCUCUGUCAUCAGCUCCCAGCCAGAGGGCAGUCUUCGGUCCUGGAUGAGCUGCUCCCUGUCCCUGGCCACAGAUACCGUGAGGACCCCUUCUCGACAGUCGGCUGUCAGCAGCUCUCUCCUCAGCCCCAGGGCAAGUGAAGAGGCCGGAGAUGCUGAGAAGCUGAGACCAGCAUCCCUGGCACUGACUGAAGACUGGGACUCUCCCAGAGAGACCUUGAGGAGUGGUUCUGUGUCUCUCCACCCAGCCUUCCCCCAAAAGCCCUACCAUUUAGGAGAUGGGGAAGGCUUUGCUGUCCAUAAGAAAGACACCCCAGAAGAACCAGGUACUCUGUCUUCAUCUCCCACUAGUCAGAGCAUGGCUAUGUCUCCCCUGCCCAGGGAUAAGCUGCCCAGUCCGUCAGCUGCUCUCUCAGAAUUUGUGGAAGAGCUCCGCAGGAAGAGAGCCCAGAGAGGCCAGGGUUCCUCUCUGCACCUGGGGGAAGGACCCACGCUCCCAAUUUUCCAGACCACUGGGGCUUACUCUCUUAGGAGGGGCAGAGCCAGCAGCGAUGAGGGAGACCUCUCACUGAGGACUGGAGCAAAAUCCCCUCUGCAAGCAGAGGGGAACCCCAGGGCCACUGCUGGUCUCUCACGGUCAACCAGUCUCAAGUGUAUCCCCUCAGAGGGCACUGAGAACAUCACCCUGCCACCUGACAAGCAGAAGACACGGUUUGGUUCCUGUGAGUCCCUCUUAGAGUCAGGACCCAGCACCAGGAGAAAGCUGAGCUCCCCAAUGGCACUCAGGGACCCUCUCUCGUCACCUACCCUGCGGCCCAGGAGGCGGUGUCUGGAGUCCUCGGUGGAUGAGGCAGUCUGCCUAGACCUUGGGAAGGAACCUCUUGUCUUCCAGAACCGCCAGUUCUCUCAUCUGAUGGAGGAAACUCUAGACAGCGACCCCUUCAGCUGGAAGCUUCCGAGCCUCAAUUACAGACGCCAGACCAAAGUGGACUUCGAUGACUUUCUCCCUGCCAUCAGGAAGCCCAGUGCCCCUUUGUCUGAGGCUGCCAAAGACGGGAAGGAGGCAUCAAAACAUCCGAAUGUCCACUUUGAGAUGGAAGAGGCCGACCGCUCUUUUCUCUCGGGGAUCAAAACCAUUUUGAAAAAGAACCCAGAGUCUAAGGAGGACCCCGCUCACCUCUCUGACUCCUCCUCAUCCUCCAGCUCCAUCGUAUCCUUCAAAAGUACAGGCAGCAUCAAGAGUGGUCCACGAGUGCCAAGACUCCAAGGUGACGGUGGUGAGCGCAUGUCCCCUGAGCACAGAGAGCCUGGCCCUGGGAGGAAAUGUGAUGAUGUUGAAAGUAUAAUGCGGAAGUAUCUCCAGCAGUAGGGACCAGUGCAGAUACAGCUUCCACCAAAGACGCCCUACUCCAAAGUUUUGGAGAGAAAGAGACCCCCAGGCCCUGGGGCCCGCCAUCCAGAGCCAGACAACGUGGCCACCCUCAAGAUGUGGGCUGGGCCCAGAGAGACAUACCCCAGCAGGUCACCAGGCUAUACCUGUGCUUGGUCUGUACAAAUAAAGUUGGCUUUCCUGGA